AUGGUUGUGUUAAAGACUCUAGAAGAAAUCAAGCGAGAGAAUGAAAUGGUUAGAACUCGUUUGGACAAGAAAGAUGAAAUGUUCAAGGCACAUGCCCAGACCAACGCCAAGAUUGAAGAGAUGUUAUCACUCAUCGAGGGUUCCACCCCCGAGGGGACGAAUCGGCAUCGGCGGGAAGGGCAGCAGCAUACCGCUGACGGGCAAAGGGGACAGAGGCAUGAGACCUCGCAACUCAACAGAAGACAACAACUUCAGAACAUCGAACAGGUUCAAAACGGUGGGAACGAGCAGCCUCAACCCGAGAAUGGACCCGAGCAGGCUCAGAACCUGAACGAAACUGACGCCAGAGACGGGCAGUUUGCUUCUUCAUUCACCCAUACCUCCGAGAGGCGAAGAGUUCACCACGAGGACGACCAAGAACAAGACGACAUCCCCGAGGAAGCCGACUCCACCACCGUCCUUUUGCUCAAAGAACUACAGAAGACCAACUGUCUCCUCCGGCUUCAAGGCGACCGCAUUCACGAGCUAGAGAGGAAGCGACGGUAUCGUUUCCCCUCGCGAAGACACUACCGAUCGCGCUCCUACUCUUCCUCGCGCUCACCACCGAGGAGGUAUCGUCGGCGUUCCCCAUCCUCUUCGUGCUCCCCGCCUAAGAGUUAUCGUCGUCAGAGAUCAUAUUCCCGCUCUCUAGUACGAAAGAGCAGGAAGAAUCAUAGACCUGAGACCACAGAGCCUGGGAGCCCCUCCCCCGAGCGAGAUCCCCAAGGCCUUUCCAAAGCUGUGUUGAAAACCCGCGAGCGUUCCCCUCCCGAGGACAACCGCAAAAAUCCGGGCAAAACAUAG